AUGUCAGCAGGUAGUCAGAAGAAACUAGCCACCAGAAACAAGUCUAUAUUGUACCAAUUUCGAUACAUUGCAGCAACUAUCAAUUUACUUGCAAUCAUUGCAAUUUUUUACUUCCGUCGUCCAUCAAGAUCCAUCUUUUAUAUUUUACUUUCCACACCUAGUUUUGUUCUUCAAUAUGUAUUAGAGUCAUCAGGAUUACCCAAAAUUGGUCCCGAUGGGAAAGUGAUUACUGCAGGAUCUGAUAUUUUACAAAAGGGUACAUUGUUCGAAUAUUGUUUUGAUGUCAUUUACUUGACUUGGAUUUUAGAUGUAUUGAUGGUUCUCUUCGGAAGUAAUAAAGUAUGGUGGGGGUAUGCUAUGAUACCGGGAUAUGCUACUUAUAAAAUCGCUGGAUUUGUCUUGCCUUUCUUUAAGAAAUCGGGUGGUGGGGGACAACAAGCAGCAGGUGCAGAUGGUGAUGCCGGUGCCGCUGCAAAGAAAGACAAGUCUGGGUUAAGUAAACGUCAGCAAAAGUUGCAGGCAAGACAAGAGAAGGGUCCUGGGGUCAGAUACAGGUAG